UAUAUAUUGAUAUAAAUAAUUAAGCUAUAUGUAUCAAAUACACAUGUGAAAUUUGUUUGAAUUGCCAAAAGCAACAACAACAGCAACAGCAACAACGCAUCGACAGCCUCCAAUCAUUUAGCGGGCGGCAACAAGUGCAGCCUGUCGCCUGCACCAGGCAGGCAAUUUCAUCGCGCAGCUGGCGGCUGUGAGUUUUCGUUUUGGUGUUGGCUUUCCUCUUUGCCAUGGUAAGCCACAAUGCGAAAAUUGUGAAAACGGAAAAUGGCACGAACGCAUCCAUUAUUGUAACAGCCGGCAGAAAUGCAACGCAACCAAUGAAGACAACGACGACGACGACGACGGCGAUGAUGGCAACAACAUUGUCGGCUUCCCUGGCCGACUUGAGCGAUCAGGAAAAUGGGACGACGGCUGAGGAUAUACACCUGAACGAUUUAUAUACACGCUACCGGCAGAGGCUGCGCAAGUCGCUGUUCAGAUCGGGCCUGGUCACAUCGCUGGUGGCCUGUGUCGUGUCCAUAAUAAUUGGCAUCGUUUACGAGCAGCACCUGUUGCAGACCCUGCUGCUGGUAUUGGCCGCCCUAAUCUCUGGCUCGAUACUGACAGCUCUGCAGUUUCCGGCGGUGCUCAGCUCGCCAGCGGCAGCCUUGGCCUUUGCCAUUGUCACCACCUUCUCGCUGGGCACCAUUGCCGCCAUCACUGGCGGCGAGCUGGCUCCGCUGCCCAUGUAUGCACUGUUUCUGGGCAUCCACACGAUGCUGCCCAUUUCCUGGCCGGUCUCCGUGGUGCUGGCGUUAUUUAUGACGGCCGUACACAUCGUUUACAGAAUCGGCACCAGCCCGGACUAUGCGCCCAAUUUACCCAUGCUCUUUGGGGAGAUUGUGAUGUUGGCCAGCGCAUCCGUUUCCGGUCUGUACUAUCGCAUCAUGUCGGAUGCCGCACACAAUCGCACUGUGGACGGCACACGCACUGGAAUCGAGCAGCGCGUAAAACUUGAGUGCGAACGGGAGCAACAGGAGCAGCUGCUUCUAAGCGUCAUACCCGCAUACAUAGCCGCAGAGGUCAAGCGAAGCAUUAUGCUGAAGAUGGCGGAUGCGUGUCAGCGUGCCGGCGGCCAAGCCUCCACGUCGGCGACGCGCUUUCACGAGCUGCACGUGCAGCGGCAUACGAAUGUCACAAUACUUUUUGCGGACAUUGUUAACUUUACGCCGCUGUCAUCAUCGUUAACGGCCAGUGAUUUGGUCAAGACACUCAACGAUCUGUUCGGUCGCUUCGAUCAAAUAGCCCAGGAGAACCAAUGCCUGCGCAUUAAAAUUCUGGGUGACUGCUAUUAUUGCGUGUCCGGGCUGCCCAUCUCAAGGCCGCAGCAUGCCACCAAUUGCGUCAACAUGGGCCUACAAAUGAUCGAUGCCAUCAGACACGUGCGUGAGGCGACCGGCAUAAAUGUUGACAUGCGAAUUGGCAUACACACGGGCAACGUGCUCUGCGGCGUCCUUGGCCUACGCAAGUGGCAAUUUGAUGUUUGGAGCGAUGAUGUUACCCUGGCCAAUCACAUGGAGAGCGGCGGCGUUGCGGGUCGCGUGCACAUCACAAAGCAAACUCUGGAUUUUCUGGGCGACAAAUUCGAGGUGGAGCAGGGCGAGGGCGGUGCCCGCGAUGCAUAUCUGGCGGACCAUAAAAUCGAAAGCUAUCUCAUUGUGCCGCCCAAGCCCGCCUAUAUGCACAGCGUGCCGCGGGUCGUGGAGUGCAUGGAGCACACGGAGCCUGUAGAUGAGCUUGCCGUGCCCGCCAAGGAAGACAACGAUGUAACUGAAAAGCUGCUGCCCGCUGAGACGCGUGCCGCAAAUGCUGCCGCUGGAGAUGCGGCCGAGAAGCUCUCGCCCACAUCUACCAACAGCCAGGAUGGUGUGCUGCAUGCGCCACUUACCUCCGCCGCCUCCAUGUCCAUCAAGGAGCUGUCCGAAGAGGAGGACGAUGUCGCUGCCACUGAGCCUCUGGUUGGCAAGCAGUUGGAGCCUGAUGUCAGCCAUGAGGCGCCAUCAAAUGUAACGCAUCGCGGCAGCGGCGACUCGAACGCUUCCGAGUCAGCGCCCAAGUCGACUGCAUUGUCCUUGCCCGCCGAUGAUCUGCUCAGCAUGAGCGGCAGCGAGAGCGGCAUCUCCAACAGCGGCACCCAACCAGCAUCCGCAUCAGCAUCCGCAUCGGCAUCCAAUGCAGCCAAUGCCACGCCCACAUCAACAGCAGCAACAGGCGCCGCCGCCGGCGUCAACAGUUUGACCGUGGCCGAGGCACCUGAGCGCUCCCGGCGCAAGCUAUCCGUUCAGGGUCUGAUGUCCUUCGCCGACAGACGUCGCUCCUCCGGCGCCUUUAUUGAGGGACGCAAAUUGUCCAUACACAGCGGCGAAAGUUUUCGCAGUCAUGCGGGUCAUGUGACACGAAAUCGUCCCUCCUCAAAGAUGACCAAAUACGUGGAAUGCUGGGGCGCCGAUCGACCCUUUGCCAAUAUUGCCGAAUCCAAGCUGGUGAAAAACAUUGGACUAGCGAGCAUUGCCAUGAUUGAAUCAAAUUUGCUGCCGCCAGAGCGUAAAUGUUUCAAUUUUAACUUCUUGGGACCGCCCACAGAGCUAAAGCCGUUCACCAUGUGGUACCGGAAUACGCCUCGGGAGGCCAUGUACCGAGAACAGCCGGACACGCACUUCCGCUUCGACCUGAUAUGCGCAUUUGUGCUCUUCCUCUCGCUGGCCGUGGUGCAGCUGAUUGUAAUCGAAUUGAACCUGGCGCUGCUCGGCUCGUUGCUGGCCAGUUUUAUUUCGCUGGCGCUGUUCCUCUAUCUGAGCAACAUGUCCGUGCCGGAUGUGCAUGCCUCAAGCACGGAGCGUAAUGGCCCCGGCCAGGUGGUGGCCAGCAGUCGCUUCUUGCGCAUGGCCAUGUUCAUCAUUGUCAAUAUACUCAUCUCAUCCUGUGCCGUAUUCAGUGUGAUCAAUUACACGCUGCCCGAUGAGUUGCCCUAUGCAGCCAGCAAUGCCACCAAUAGCACCAGCGAUAGCUUCAAUAGCACGCUUCUGGAAGAUCUGCAACCACUGGAUAUUGCGCAUGCCAUACCCAAAGCUCCGAUCUUCCUUUGCUGCUGCGCCGUCAGCUUGGCGGCGAUUUCGGCCUUCCUGCGUUCCGGAUUUAUACUCAAGCUGAUUGCCAUGCUCUUGGCUCUGAUCGGACAGGUGAUUGUACUCGGCUAUAGCGAUCUCUAUGUGCAGUAUAAUCUGCUCAACUAUGAUAAUGGCUUACCGCUGGAGGUGAAGGGCUUUUUGCUGCUGUUGCUGGUGAUUGCCGUGUUGCAUACGCUGGACCGUCAGGGCGAAUAUGUGGCACGUACGGACUUUCUGUGGAAGGCCAAGCUUAAGGUCGAGCAGGAGGAGGUCGAGACCAUGCGAGGCAUCAACAAGAUUCUGCUGGAGAACAUUCUGCCGGCUCACGUGGCGACACACUUUUUGCAUCUGGAGCGCUCCACGGAGCUGUAUCACGAGAGCUACUCCUGUGUGGCCGUCAUGUUUGCCUCCAUACCCAACUACAAGGAGUUCUACGAUGAGACGGACGUCAAUAAGCAGGGCCUGGAGUGCCUGCGUCUCUUGAAUGAGAUCAUUUGCGAUUUCGAUAAGUUACUUUUGAAACCCAAAUUCAGUGGCAUCGAAAAGAUCAAAACCAUAGCCAGCACCUACAUGUGUGCGUCUGGCCUGCGGCCCGGCAAGGAGGAUGGCGCCACGUCGCGUAGCUUUGCGGAUGAGAAACGCACCGAGGAGCACAAUGUGGUCAUAUUGGUGGAGUUUGCAAUUGCUUUGAUGUCCAUAUUGGAUUCGAUUAAUCGCGAAUCGUUCCAGCGCUUCCGGCUGCGCAUCGGUCUCAACCAUGGCCCGGUAAUUGCUGGCGUGAUUGGCGCCCAGAAGCCGCAAUAUGAUAUCUGGAGCAAUACCGUUAAUGUGGCAUCCCGCAUGGACUCAUGUGGCGUUAUGGGCAGACUUCAGACAACGGAAAACACAGCUAAGAUAUUAAUGGCCGCCGGAUACGAGUGCGAGUGCCGGGGCCUCACCUAUGUCAAGGGCAAAGGCAAUCUAGUCACAUACUUUGUAAAGACACCAUUCGAUGGGAAAUUGUAAUUGGAUGCGUCCAGUAAAAAGCGCAAUUUGUUGUUAAUAUUUGCUAUUUAUAGAAUGUAUAGAAACAUUUUGUUAUGUUAAGGCAUGUUGUUAUUAUUUUUAUUUAUUUUGGAUAAACAUAUUUCGUUUAAGUCCUUUCAAGAAUUUUAAGCAUUUAAUUUGCGCUGCACAUUAAGAACUAUCUAUUAAGUAUUUGUUUUAGUUAAUGUUUAAUUGUUAUGUAGCACAAUUUGUUGGCAAUUUAAUGCGUAGCUCACUUAAACAGCGAAUAAUUAUAUUGAAUAUGGCAACUACCAUGCUAUAGUAUAUAGUCAAAUCAAAUACAAAAAUUAACUAAAAUUAAAUAACAAAUGCAAAUUAGCCCACCCCCCCAAAAAUAAUCAACACUAAUAAUAUUAUAUAGGAAGUAAUGCAAAAUAUAUUUAUUGUGUGUUCCCAUAGAUUCUUCGACUACUCGAAAUUCCUAUCGAAAUCUAUUGGAACACGCUAUUUAUUUAAAUUUUAUGUGCCAUCUUAAGCUCUAACACAAAUGUUGAACAUCACAAACUAUCUAUGAAAUUGUAGAUUUUUUAAAAAUAAUUUUUAUAUUGUGCCACUUUUUGUUUUCUCAAUUAAAUAAAGCCGCACUUGCGGGCGGCUUUGCUGGAAACCAUUUAUAAAUCGUACACUUUGAGAUUUAUAUUAUCUUAUAUGUGGCGCUGCAAAGUAUCCCCCCCCAGAAAACAUAUCCCAUCAAAUAUGCUAUACCUCCGACUUAAGCCAAUCUGAUCAGUUCUUACCUAUGGAAAAGUACUCUGAACUCUGUGCAUAUCUUUGCAUUUGCUACCAAAAUUUUACAAAUAUCCAACAAAUAAUCGAAAUAUUUACGAAUGUAUUAGAAAUAUUCAUUGCAAGUUGAAAAUAUUAUAAACGAAAAGAAAAGCUUACAGUUACAUACAUAUACAUAUAUAUAUAUAGAUUGCAGUGCUUUUUUAUGUCAUUAAAAUAAUAAGUGGUUCAAGUUGUUUGGCUAUUUAGAAACUAUUUGAUUAUUGCAACUCAAUAAUUUUAUCAAAUACUAUUUAUUAAAUAAUAUACAAUCGAAGCUAUUAACGUCUUCUAUUUCGAGUAUUUAAUUGUGGAUUGAAACAUCAUUUGGCUGGAAGAACAUAAAUAGCUUUUUGGAAACUCUUUUGGUAAAAAUCAUAUAUUCAGUAGGCUAUACAAGUCUUUUCAAUCUGGUUUACAGUAUAUUUUACGUCUGUAUUGUAACAGGAUUGGUUAUAAACUGCAUAUUUCGUUUUUCAAAAAGCAAAUUUAACGUCAACUAAAAUCACACUCUUAACAGCUGGCAUUGCGGAUCAUCAUGUCCGCCGUGGUGUGCGAAUUUAUAUUCAAGCUAUUCAUUGCGUAUCUCUGUUUUCUGAAUCUGGCGAACAUAACUGCAAAGCGAGCUUUCACACUAACCAGCCAGUAUAAGAAAUUUUUGGGCAUACCCUAUGGCACGGAACAGUUCCUGGAGAUUCAUGAACGCGAAUAUCAAUACACGUUGCCCGCAAUUGCCGCUGUAUUGGCCUGCAUGGGCUGUGAUGUCAUACAUUCGUUAUGUUUUCUAUUUGUAGCCGAGGAGUUGCAGCAUCGUUUGUGGCAUUUGAUGACCAAGCUUUUUUGGAUUUCAAAAAGUCUGUGGUUAUUUCUUUACAUAGCAGGCUUCACAACAAUUUUACGAUCCCAUCACGAGCUAUACUUGAUCACACAUGGACUGCAGCUGGAGAACGUCGAUGACUUGUUAAUUAGUUUUAAAUUUCAGUUCGUUUGGCAAACGGUUGUCUUCAUAUUCGCAAUUAUAUGCUGGAUGGAAGAGGACACUCUCACCAAAAACUAUUACAAGCUCUUGAUCUAUGAGCGCGACUAUCAGAUUUAAGAAUACAUCACAAUAUGCGCUUGGUAUGUAGAUGAUCUUAUCAAUAUGCUGUUUGCCUCUAAGUCUCGCUAUGUCAAGUGGCCAGUUUUCGUGUGGUGUCCGGUUGCCAGCGCCUUCCAUCAGCAUAAUUUGAAUUGAAAACGUGGCAGCACAUUUUGUUGAACUCAGCAUUUAUCAACGCGUUGCAUUUCUUGAACCAGAACCAUUUUUCCAGGCAGUCUCAUAUACAACGCAGGCGCGGAAUCGGGCACAAUUCAGUCGACUUUAGAGCGUUCAUCGAGCACAUUUACGUUACAAAAGAUUGUCUUAAAUGUGUAUUUUAUUAAAAUGUGAGUAAAUUUAACUGCCUGACGAA